AUCUAGAGGGAGGAGGGUAAUACGAGGGUGGUGGUAGUUUGGCAUCAGCAGGGGUAGGAAAGGUGAUGUUUCUUUUGCCAAAGCCGCAAUAAAGGUAAGAAAACCAAAAGCUGGAAAGGGCCGUUGUCCAGACUCCACACAAUACACACACACACGGAGAGAGAGAGAGAGAGAGAGAGAGAGAGAGAGAGAGAGAGAGAGGUUUGUGUUUCAUUUCUUUUGUCUGCCAACAAACUAGGGCAGAGCUGAGAGCUCUAUUAUUUUGGUGGUGGGAUUUACUUUGGGAGAGAAGGGGUUUUGGAAGGCUGAGCUCACCAUAAUCUUUACUCUCUGACGCUUGUCUGUCUGCGCGCCACCCUCUCCUCCAGUGGAAUCAUCCAACCUCCUCCUAUAGGUUUUGCUGCUGCUGCUGCUCAAUAAAAGGAUGACCUGGAUCUUCUCAGUAUGCUAGCGUCCUCUUUACGAAGGGCAAGGACUUUGAAAUUAAAGUGACAAGAUUUGAGAAAAAGAAGGAGAAGAAGAGGGAAUAGAGUUGUAUCACUUCCUCCUGUUGUUGUUUAUUUGCUUGCUUUCUAUUCGUUAGCGUCUUUGAAGUGCCCCUUUGCAACUGUUGUUGUUGGGACAUGAGCGAGCAAGUGCUGUUGGUGAUGGAAUCCGGGGUGUUGUUUGUCCAAACCCUUUGGUAGAGAAGCCAAGAGGUGCACUGUAACCAGAUUUUAGCAUAGCAACAAGUCCAAGAGGAGUUGGAAGGAGCAGUUUAAAGGAGAGAGCUGGAAGAGAAAGAAAUAAAGUAGAGUCCAGAUACCAGAAGGACUCACGCCACUGAAGUGAAAAUUUAAGAGGAGGCGGCCUGCCUUUCCGCUGAAACUUAAAAGAGGAAGAGAAAGAGGAGAAGAGGAAGAAAGAGGACCGAUUGGUUCCAUCAGCAGCAGCCACCAAUAAAACUCUUCGGCCACCACGGCUUCUUCUUCAGAGCAUGCUCGUCUCUCGGAGAGGAUGGAAGAGAGCAGCCACCAGCAGCAGCAGCAGCAGCUCCUCCUCCUCCACCACCACCAACAGCGGCAGCAGCAGCGGCCGCUGCCCCAUAAUUCUAGGCUGGGGGGUUUGAGGGGGGCCGCCGGUGAGGUCGUGGAGGUCUCGGGGGGCCACAUUGUGCGGUCGACCGGGCGCAAGGACCGGCACAGCAAGGUGUGCACCGCCAAGGGCCUGCGGGACCGCCGUGUCCGCCUCUCGGCCCACACCGCUAUCCAGUUCUACGAUGUCCAGGACCGCCUUGGCUACGACCGUCCCAGCAAGGCCGUCGACUGGCUCCUCGAGCACGCCAAGCCUUCCAUUGAUGAGCUCGCUGAGCUCCCCCGCUGGCAUCCGCCCACCACUACCUCAUCCUCCAAUCCUUCUCCACCUUCCAAUCAACAUGACCUCCAUGAACAGCCUGUGCCCACCGAGCCAGCUGCUGACCAAGGCGCCUACAGCGGUGCUACUUUCCUCCCUCCGUUGAAUUCCGACUCCAUUGCGGAUACCAUCAAGACCUUCUUUCCUAUGGCUACAACAACUGCUUCAUCCUCUUACCAGAAUUACCCGCCGGACCUCGUAUCUCGCAGCAGUAACCAAGCUCAAGAUCUCCGCCUCUCCCUUCAAUCCUUGCAAGAUCCCAUGUUUCACCAGAAUCAAACACCUGCUGCUUCCUCCCAGCAGAACUUCCUCUCUGGCAAUUUAGCCUUCGGCUCCGCCUCCGCCAGCUGGCCCGAGCAAAACCAGAGGGUUGUUGCGUGGAAUGUGGCGCAGACUGGCGACGGAGGCGGCGGCGGAGGUGAUGGAGCUUAUGGGUCCAACAUGCCACCACCGCAGGCGGUGCCACUGCACCCGGCGCUCAGCCUAAGCCAGCUUUUUUCUCAGAGGGGAACCCUUCAGUCCAGUAACUCGCCACCGGUUCGUUCUUGGAUGGAUCCGAUUGCUGCCGCGGCUGGUCAUCAGAUCCACCCGGCAGGAAUCCAUUCGUCGUGGCCAUCAGUUACAGCCACGGGAUUCAUAUUCAGCGAUGGUGGUGGCUUCUCGGGGUUCCACAUCCCAGCGUGGAUACAGGGUGAGGAGGAGCACGGCGGCAUCUCCAGUAAGCCGCCAUCUGAUUCCUCUGCUUCCAAUCAUUGAUAGAAAGGAAGAAGAGAGAGAGAGAGAGAGACCGAAUGGACAGCCCACCAUCCUUCCUCACCAGUCACCAGAAAGUUCACAUUAGUCUGCCAUGGGCUUCUCCCAUUAAUCUUUCUCAAGUUUAAUCAGAUGCCGUUUUCUUAAUUAACUUGCCACUUUUUACUCGUAGCUUAGGAUUGCUUGGUUCAUGUAGUCGAUAAGAGAGAGAGAGAGAGAGAGAUUCUCUGCUGAUAUCUAGGAACCAGGUUUUCAUGCGCUGGGUUGGUCUCAGUUCAUUCUAUUUUCCUUGCUCUUAUGUUAAUGGGCUCUGAGAGCCUUCCUUGGUUGGCCAUGGUUAGACCAAGUGGUUGUUAUUGCAUUGUAUUAGUUGUUGAGCAUUUGCUCAAUCUGUUUGUUUGUUAAUGAUGAAGGUUUACUCUUAUGGCGGCUAAGGUGAAGAUCCUGGUCUCUGGUCACCUGGGAAUGCUCUGGAAAAUGGUUUCUUUGAAAUUUGUCAAAGAAAAGAGAAUUCAAGAGAAUCAAAGAAACUAGUGUAGAUUUUGACAAGAAGCCAUGGGUUGUUUUCACUCCUCAUGCCGAUAAGGAGAGGUAGGAGCUGAGAGGUUUUGGCUUCUCUAUAAUUGGCCAUAAAUGGUCUCUUUCCCAAUACCUUUGCCACAUAUUAAUUUUGUUUGUGUAAAAAAAGCAGCAGCCAUGGCACUUUUUUUUUUGUUGACACUUCAGCUUCCUCAGACAACCAAAAAUGAUGAAUAAAAUAUGAACUUCAUGAU